UACAUUCAGCGUGAAGAUGGUGUGCACGCGCGAAAAAGUUUUUUUCAAUAAUGUGCUUAAGCAACACGUCGAAUAUGACGCUUAAUAAGCCGUACUACUCGCGUUCAUACGUCAAAUUCACAGUGGACGUGGUGCGAGAUGACGUGAUACAGCGGGGAUAUGUUACUGAUAUUACUGACGAUGGACUUGUCAUCGACUUCGUUCAUGACGGUCCCUCAUCAGCGGAACUGGUGGAAUUUUCCUGCAUCCAUAUAUUGCCACCCCAAAGGUAUGGCGCCCAUCGUUAUCUUAAGCCACUCCAAGAGAACUCCGAGGUGGAGGUGUUAAUUCGAGACAUAAUAGGCCAGCCGCUGACCUGGAGAAAAGCCACCUUCGUGGCACUGGUGCCGGAUUACGGUAACCAGCUAGUGGACAAGAAGGGUGAACAGUUUGCCUUGGUCCGACUGCCAUCCUGGAAUCCGUUCUCUUUGACGGUUGUUGUUAAUAUGUUUCCGCCAGUGGUAGCCAGCGAUAUACGUAUCCGUCAGAAGCGAUUCUGGAAGACAGUCACACCGAGAACAUUCUACAAGGUGACCGUGUCGUACACAUCAUGCCACAAAGCCGAGUGUCCGUUCCCACGGUCUCCCCUUCUGUAUUAUCUGAAACAGCUGGACGCUUGUAUGACGUUGGUCUGGCUGGAUUUGACGGGCACGCUUAUCAUAUCUGCGGACGAUAUCGGUGUCACCGUUCUUUGCCGCCAGAAAGCUAAACGACUACCCAACAAAUUUCAUCGACUGGUUUUUCACUUAUACGACAAGUUUACGGAGCUGUAUUAUAGAUACGGGGGUACCAUUCGUAUGGAGACAUGGUUCCGAAAAACGUUCCAAAAAUUACUGUUCUUUCCCAGAUGGCUGGCAUCGAAACUAUACGUGCCCGAGGCCCUAAUUUUUAAAAGCAGAUCUCAGGAUCAUGAUGCGUUUGCAACAUUAAAUACUCUUCCGGAUGUUAUCAUGUUGGAGGCGCUGCAAAGCCUGGACAGGAUAGGACAUGGGGAACUAGAACGGGUCUGUCAAAGAUGGCAUAGACUUCAAUCAAGCGCUAUGGCAAAAACGGUUGUCUUGCUGGAAGCCCCGGACCGCCAACACAAUCAGGCCGUUUACUUAGCGAAAGCGCUGCUUAAGUUCACGGCUAUAUCGACACGAAGCCUGCUGCUGAUGCAGUUCUCUGCUAGCCACAGCUACACGACCAUUCGGUUAAUAAAAGAGAUGCACUUGGAGUUGGAGUUGUACGCGUCUUUCCGCAGUACAGAUCUAGUAGAUUAUCGCAGUUAUCUCUGCGAUCUGGAGGACGAGCUGGCGCUGUACCCCGCAGUCAAUAAUCUCCACAUUUCCUGCUACAUGAAUUCAAGCAGCGCGAAACGACUUGUGUUAGAACUCAUAAUGGCAGCGCCGCACGAAAUAAAAUAUCUGCUGAACCUUCUGGGCGGCAACUGGACGUUCUGCUGCACCACGAAAACCAUGAAUGAUACAGUUACGGGAAUUGCACGUGUGCUGGAUGCGCUGAACCUCCGCUGUUCUAUACACGGCAAGCUGUCGGAUGCCGUCGAUUGUCCGCACCGUUGGCGAUGGGAAGAAGGCGAGCGACUGAAAGCUGACCUGCAGCGCUGGCCUGUAAGUUCAGCAGCGUUGGAUGCCAUAACGAGGGUAUCAGAGGAUUAUUAUCCACCAAGCAGCGAGAUUUCAUAUUGUCAAAUAACGGGAUUUCGACCGGAUAUUUUAAGAGUGCUGAUCCGGAAGCCCUGUAUGGUUGGAGAAGAAUACUUCAGUUCCUGCGGCGUUCAGAGUUGGCUUCGAUUUACGGGUACUUGAUUUUCUAACUCUUAUUCGAAGAUGGAUAUAGAUAGAGUUUACUUUACCAUUUGACUGUCUGCUAGUCAACAAGGGAAAUAAAUAGUUUUGAAUUGUCUGUUAAUCUUAUUAUUAAAUUACGCAUUCAUGCGCGUUCACCGCGCGAGUUUGUUACGCCGAAAUUAACCUCAUUUCAAAGAACUUCCUUUAUUUCAAUAGGCAAAUGCUUAUUUCAUUAAAA